CCUCUGCUCCCUGUGACCUCACCGUCCCACCUGGGUCCCUCUCACUGACGCACCUGUGUUCAGUUUCUUUUCUCUGUAACGAACAAAUUCUGCUCGUAUCUGAAACAGCAGACGAAGAAUAAAGAGCGGCAGAUGUUCACUUUAUUUCAGCAUCGCUGCGACUAACAUAUCAGAUCUGAAACGGCUCAAACACAUUUUCUACAUUUGCUAAUAAUUAGCAGCUGAUGACUGAAAACAUGAGUAAUUAUUAUGACAGCCUCUAGAUCUCAUGAGAUUUGUAUCUCUCCAUUCCAUACAAAUAAUAAUAAUAAUAACAAUAAUAAUGAUGAUGAUGAUGAUGAUGAUGAGAGCUGAUCCUCUCGGUUCGUGUGAGGCUGACAUGUCGGACGUGUGUUUGUCAGCAGAGUGAUCCUUCCUGUCCGCGUGUUCUCUAACUGAUCCCAGAGCAGCUCCGUGCUGGAUAAUCUGCUGUAAUCUGAGUUAAUCUGUCCCGGCUCGGCCCGGCUCGGCCCGGCCUCUCGUCAGUCUGACCUGCAGGGAUGAGAGCUGCAGCUCCGGGAGGGUUCCUGGUGCUGCCGUGGCCCCGCGGCGGCUCGGAGCCGGGGCCGGGGCCGGGUGAGGAGGGCCGGGGGGGGCUGGCGAUGAGGUGUGGAGCUCUGCUGGGAGUCACGCUGAUCUGUGUGGCAGUGUUGAGGAGGUGGAUUGCAGGUGGAGUGUGUCGUUGUUCGGUUCGUCUGGAUGGAAAGACGGUUCUGAUCACCGGAGCGAACACCGGCAUCGGCAAAGAGACCGGCAGGGACAUGGCACGCAGAGGGGCCCGGGUGGUGAUGGCGUGCAGGGACCUGACCCGGGCGGAGCAGGCGGCGGAGGAGAUCCGGCAGUCGACAGGAAAUGGUAACGUGGUGAUCAGACACCUGGACCUCGCCUCCGUUUACUCCGUCAGACAGUUCGCUAAAGACUUCCUGGACAGUGAAGACAGACUGGACAUCCUCAUCAACAACGCAGGAGUGAUGAUGUGUCCAAGAUGGCUGACGGAGGACGGUUUUGAGACUCAGCUGGCCGUCAAUCAUCUGGGUCACUUCCUGCUGACCAAUCUGCUGCUGCCGAAGCUGAAGAGCUCCGCCCCCAGCCGCGUGGUCACCGUGUCGUCCAUCGCCCACCGUGGUGGUCACAUCGACUUUGAUGACCUGUUCUUCAGCAGGAGGCCGUACAGUUCCCUGGAGAGCUACAGACAGAGCAAACUGGCCAACGUCCUGUUCUCCAGAGAACUAGCCCGACGACUCAGAGGCUCUGGUGUGUCGUCAUUCUGUCUCCACCCGGGUGUGAUCAGGACCGAACUGGGUCGUCACGUUCAGGGCUGGUUGCCCCUGCUGGGGGCGCUGCUGAGCCUCCCCUCCCUGCUGCUCAUGAAGACUCCCAGUCAGGGCAGUCAGACCACCGUGUACUGUGCCGUGACGCCGGGCCUGGAGGAACGAUCCGGACAAUACUUCAGUGACUGUGCAGAGAAGGAAGCAGCUCCAGAGGGGCAGGAUGACGUGGUGGCGAGGAAGCUGUGGGAGGAGAGCGCCCGAUUGGUCGGAUUAAAAGACACAUGCUGACCUCGACCCUGAUGUCUGUGUGCAGCAAAAAUUAGUGUGGUGUUUUAUUAUUUUCACGUUGUAAGUCAUAAUUAAAUCAUUAUUAUAAGAAGACAAGAUAUUUGGGAGAAUUUGUAUUUUUUGUCCGUUUAUAAAAAUAUGGACCCAAACUUUUUUUAAACAGCUGAGGACGUAAAUUCAUUAUUAUUUAAUGAAAAUAGCAACUUAUGGUGAUGUUAGGAAAAAUAGUUGUCAGUUUUCAGAGGAUGUGAUAAAAAACAUUGUGGUUGUUGUGAGAGUAUGUAUGUAUGAACUACAGUGUUGCCUGAUUGGACAGUAUUUUACUGUUGACAUUUGACCUGCAGUGAUGUCACAGGUGUUUUUAAAAGUUGAAUGAAGGUCGGACUGAACGUUUUUUUAGUUUCAAGAUUCUCCUCCAGAGAAGCGUUCAUGUUCCCUUUGUUUCCUUCAUGUUCUCUUUGUUUCCUUCAUGUUUCCUUUGUUUCCUUCAUGUUUCCUUUGUUUCCUUCAUGUUCCCUUUGUUUCCUUCAUGUUCCCUU